AUGUCGCUUCAAGAGAGACUCCUUCAGGUCCUCUCCCUAUUGGAUCAUUUGGGAGCUCGAUUAUCAGAGGAGGAUGUGUCCUUAGUCAAGGAGGAAGCCAAGGAGCUGUCCCGGCAGCUAUCUGAGGAGAAAAGCAGGAGGGCGGCCCAGGGGACGGAACUGCGCGAUCUACAGGCCAAGAUCAAGGCGAUUGAAGAUUCGGUGUUAACUCCUUCGUCGGAGGCUCUGGCGCUAGAUCGUAAGAGCCAAGAAUUGGAAGAAGCUUUGGAGAAACUAAGAGCCGAGGCGAAGAUCUCUGAAGAUAUGAAGGUGAUGGAUGUGAACAGGGCGAAAAUCACCUCUCGAUGGUAG